AUGCCAAUCCGCAUCAAUCUGCCCCCGCUGACCCGCGCACUAUUGCUCCUCCUGCUGAUCUGCUCUUUGCUCAAUGCCUCGUUCAGUGUGCGCAGUCUCAUUCGCGUUCAGGCCGUCCCUGCCCUAGCCAUCAUCCCUGCGAAAUCGUUGAAAUAUCCAUGGACCGCUCUUACUGCUGCCCUGGUUGAGACCAACCUCGCCAGCUUUGUCAUAUCCGCCGUCACCAUCUUCUAUGGAGGGAGAUAUCUAGAACGCGCCUGGUCCACUCAAGAAUUCGCAAAGUUUGUCCUGUUCGUGACCAUGAUCCCGAAUUUAUUGACCUUUGUUGUCUAUUUCCUGUGGUUCUCCAUCACAGGAAGUCAGGUCCGAGCCAACACCAUCAUCAAUGGCAAUGUUGCCCUCGAAGCCGCUUUCCUUGUCGCUUUCAAACAGCUCGUCCCUGAACACACCGUGUCCCUCUUCCGUGCCGCCAUCCGUAUCCGUGUCAAACACUUCCCUGCCGUCUUUGUCUUGCUGAACAGCUUGUCUGGCCCCCUACUAGGCACUGACACCGCUUUCUUCUUGUCAUGGCUGGGUUUCUUGACCUCUUGGAUUUAUUUGCGUUUCUACAGAGUGUCCCCUCUACUGGCCACAACUGCCACGGGCGAAGAAGCUGUUAUAAAAGGCGAUGCUAGCGAUGCUUUCGCUUUCAGCCAAUUCUUUCCCGACUCGAUCCAGGUCAUUCUCGAUCCUUUGUGCGAUUCGGUCUACAAGACUUUGGUGGCUUUCAAGCUAUGUGUGCCAUUCUCUGAAGAAGCCAUCGAUCAAAGCAACGAACAAGCUUCCGCACGCGCUGAAGGUGGACUACCCAGUUUGAUGACUGGCGGAAGAGGAGGUCAUGUUGGAGGGAGGCGAGAAGAAGCAGAGCGCAGGAGGGCACUUGCCUUGAAGGCCCUCGAUCAAAGACUGAACGCAGCUGCGGCAGCUCGUACUCCUGCCGAAUCACAAACAGCCGAGACAGCAGGUACAGCGGAAUCUACAACUGCAUAA